UACGACUGACACGGCCAAUAUUACGAACCAGCUGUUUAAGCUGUUCUUCAGUCAUCCUUGUAACGUUACGAUACGAACAAGUAAUGUUUCUGCACUAGGAUAGCGCUAUUCUGAUCGAUACUCAGAUAAUGUACUGUGUUGCCGGUUUUUAUGCACUGGUAGCUGUUACUGCAAAUGUUAACUUCGUCAGUUAACUAAAUAUUAAGAAGUGUUCCUCGUCAUAACUCAAGAUGCUGCGCUCACUAAUUCUGAUCGUCGUCUUAGUCGCAGUGAAAGGGGACGAGUGUGUACCACGUUCAUUCGGAGCGGAUUCUAUCGUAUGCGUCUGUAACUCGACGUAUUGCGAUACGAUAACCGAGCCAAACUUACAACAGGACCAGUUUUCGUGGUACAUAUCUACUAUGGAUGGCAAAAGGAUGCAGUUGUCCGUCAAUAACUUCUCCGACAGCAAUGAGACCGAGAACGAUAUAGUUCUCACAGUAAACAGUGCUAAUACGUAUCAAACGAUACAAGGAUUUGGCGGGGCAAUGACCGACGCCGCCGCUCUCAACAUUAGAACUCUCAGUAAUGAGACUCAACACAAACUACUUGAAUCGUAUUUUGGCCGAGGUUCUACUGGUAUCGGAUACACGUUUGUUCGCAUACCUAUCGCAGGUACCGAUUUCUCGACAAGACCGUAUACGUACGACGACGUAGCUGGCGAUCUUACUUUAAGUCAUUUCAAUCUGGUGGAGGAAGAUGACUACAAAAUCGGAUAUCUGCACGAUAUCAAGAAAAUUAUGUCUAAUCCGGAGACUCUCAGAAUAUUUACGACUUCGUGGACUGCUCCCGCGUGGAUGAAAACCACAGAUAGUAUAACAUGGGGUACCCUAAAACCUGAAUAUUAUGGACUUUAUGCCGAGUAUAUCAAAAAGUUCUUUGACGCGUACAAAGAGCGUGGUAUAGAUAUAUGGGGUAUGACACCAGGUAACGAACCGGUAAAUGGAUUUAUUCCAUUCUUCACUUUCAAUGCCAUGGGCUGGGGGCCUACCGAAGCUGCGAAUUGGUCCACAGAGUUUUUAGCUCCGACUUUGUCGGCUGCCGGAUAUAAUCUUGUUUACAUGGCGUUGGACGAUCAACGUUUUCAAAUACCAUGGUAUAUCGAAGCCAUGUUUAAGAAUAAAAAAGCCGAGAAAUUGUUCUCUGGUACCGCAUACCAUUGGUAUACUAAUACACUCUUUUCACCAAUGAGACUGUCCCAACUGCACGACAUGUAUCCGGGCAAGUUUAUAUUGAUGAGUGAAGCAUGUACCGGUAGCAGUCCCUUCGAAAAAGAAAAAGUAAUUCUGGGAUCAUGGGAACGAGGAGAAAAAUACGUUUUGGAUAUAAUCCAGAACAUGUUACAUUGGGUGACUGGAUGGAUAGAUUGGAAUAUGGCACUCGACGAGAAAGGGGCACCAAAUUGGGCUCAAAAUUUUGUGGAUUCACCGAUUAUUGUAAUGGCGAAGAACGACGAGUUCUACAAACAACCCAUGUUUUACGCGAUGUCUCACUUCAGCAAAUUUGUACCACGUGAUUCUUACAGAAUCUCAUCUACAGGUCUUGAAGACAAUGAAGAUAUUAAUGCGGUAGCUUUCUUGACGCCCAAACAAGAGAUUGUUAUCGUAGCUAAUAACAAAGCUUCUUCUCCUAUCGCCAUAACAGUAAAAGAUGAGACUACAGACGACAAAAUGAAUUUAAACCUACCUGCCAAAUCUUUCAAUACUAUAUUAUAUUUAGCGCAGCAAUAAUGCAGAAAGUUUCCAAAUUAUAAAUAAAAGAUGUCUACAAAGUUCCCCUUCUUCAUAGAAAAGAAAAUAUAGUCUCACACUGUGUGAAGUUUUGACAAAGAAAACUGGAUUGUUUGUUAAUCAAAAUUAUACAUAGAUAUUAUAAUACAAUCAACAAUUGUUUUUCACAAUUGAUGUAUUUGUAUACUCGGCAUGAUAAUUAUAUGUAUUUCUAAUUA